AUGGCAUCAGAAGCCUUAUUUCCACCGUCCCAGUCCCAGACGCCUAGACUUCAGAGCGUUAGAUUUGACUAUGACACUGAUAAUCAAAAGAAGACUCCUUUUACAAUUGUGGACUGCAAGCCAUUUCUUUACAGAGACAUUGAGUGUAGGGCCAAAGAAGAGGAUAGAAUAGCUCAACAGAAUUUGAAGGUCCAUGAAAAGAGCACAUUUUCAUCACGAGCAAAGUCUCGAGACUCUGUGAAAAAGAUGGACUCAGUCAUUGAAAGAGAGACCCGGGCUACAAUAGAUAAAGGGUAUAUUACUUCUGGUCCCAACUGGGCUCUUACUUUUGCAAAAUGUUGCCAAAGUGACAAACAAUCUUUAACAGAUUAUAUCAAGGAACAGAAGGAGUUGUUUCUGCUGCAGUACACAGUAAAAGUAAAAAAACAAACUAUAAAGAAGCUGGAGAAAUUAGCAAUGCAAGCUGAGAAAGAGGCCAGCUCUGCCGAAGCAAAGCUAGAAGACGAUACAAUUGCAUUUGAGGAAUUUCUGAAAGAAAACGACCGAAGUUCUGCAGAUGCACUUAAAAUUGCAGCCCAAGAAACAAAAUCUAAAAUGGAUAUGGCAGCAGAUGUAAAGUCUGCUAUUAAUGAACUUUUCGCUAUUAAAAGUGAAAUUGCAAAUGCCGAAUUCCUUCUCAUGGAGAGUUUAUAUUAUGAAGAUUUUUUGAUGAAACUUUCUCCUAAAGAAUGGCAAGAAGAACAGAGAACAAAAAAGUUGAAAGCAAGAAUAGACAAACAGAGAGAAAGAGAGAUCAUGCAGAGAGAAAUGAUUACAUGUGCUUUCACUCCACACCAAGAAAAAGAAAGUGCACGCAAAGAGAAGAUAAGUUCUUCAAUUCCACGCCAACCACGCCAUGGUUCUAUUUUUUUAAAGCAAAAAAAUGAACGCAGGUCUUCUAGAAAGCUCACAGAAGCAGACUUGGGUGAAGAAGUGAAAAUGUUAAGUGAGUGCAAAUCCAUCUUGACUGAUAAAAAAAAGACAACAUCAAGAUGGGAAAGCGAAAGUGAUUGUGCAAUUCAUGAAGAUUCCUUGAAAGACUUGGACACAGAUAUGGUGCCAGAAAUAUAUUUCACAGAUCCAAAACAGUUACUUCAGAUCUUCACAGAGCUAGAGGAACAAAAUCUUGCAUUGAUCCAAAAUAACCAAGACUUAGAUGAAACUAUGGAUGAACUUGAGCAGAUGGCAAAAAUUAUAAAGGCAAAACUAGAUGAAAAAGUAAGUGUUGUUGUAGGACAUAAAGAAAUUCUUAAAGCUGCCUGCAUCAAUGAAGAGGAAAAACGCACAGAUUUGGCACUAAGAGCUAAAAUGUUUUCUUUUGGAGAGUUUAAUCCAGAAAUCCAGGACAAAAUGCUACAUUCACUUACUAAAAAGGUUGCAGAAGUGUACAGAGUUAGUGUUGGUGAAGUAGACACAUCAAGUAUUAACUCCAUUCAGAUGUUGAGGAGAAUAGAGAAUCGAAUUGAAGAACUGUGUGAAUUGUUGGAGUCAGUUCCAAAAGAAAAUAUUGAAGCAAUUGAGAAAAUUAAGAUGAAAGAAAGAAGGCAAAGGUUACGUGAAGAAAAAAAGAAACAAGAAACAAAAUUUCAGGAAGAACGACUGCAGUGUUCUCUGAAAAGAGCAACUGCAGCACCAAAGAAGAAGAUGGGAAGAAAACUGGUAUUUCGCUCACAGCCUCCAGAGAUUAGACGGGAGGAGGUGUGCCUGAAAGAGAUCAGCACAAAAAUGCAAGACGACAUGUUAUUUCUCACUUGA